AGAAUAUGGGUGGCGUAUUGAUUAAGUGCACGCAAUUUUUUGCUGCAGUUGUGGUGUCGGAUAGUAAAAGAAAUAGAGGGAGACCCAUGGUUAGGUGCACUUCAUAUAAAAUCACGACUUUGAGUGAACUUUUAGCAGACAGUGGUGAACAGUGACUGAGUGAAGUGUGAAUCUUCAGCACCGCAAAGGGAUUCCAGACGGUGACCUUAGGCAAAAUGGAAUUUAAACUUGCGUUGUUGACGACUCUUUUGUGUCUUAUUGCUUCACUCAGCUUAGCCGAGGGCGGAAAAGGCAAAAGAGUUAAAAUUCACGUACCUGUUCAUGUUAAGCAUCACAAACAUACUCACACAAUCAUCAAAAACAUCCAUCAUCAUCACAAGCCAUCAGUGAUCAAGGAGGAUAAGAUAUUCAGGCACGUACCACCUGCACCACCAUCCAAAGAAGAUAUCGAUCACGAACACUUCCAUCAUCACUAUAGACACGAUCAUCCUUCAGUUGAAGUCGAAACGAACGAUGAUCCAAUCCAUUUGAAUGCUCCGGAAAGGCCUAUUCGGCAAGAAAUUCCGGAAAAGCCCUUAAGAUUCGGUUUGCCAGAUAAACAUCAUCGCUUUGAGAAGCCUCUUCGUAUACCAAUACAACAUAAGCCUAUUCGCUUGCCACCACCUGAAAAGCCCCUGCGCUUCACCCUGCCUGAGAAGCCUAUUCGGUAUGGCCUAUCCGAUGAUGACUUCACCAAUGAAUCCACUGAGGAUUUCUUCGAAAAAGCUCGCAAGGAGCUCGAGAGGAAGUUCAGCAAAUCCAGCUACAAGCACGAAACACGAUUCUACGGCAAGGAUGAACUUAGGAGAAAUUCCUGGCCAUUCGACUAAUUAGCCAAUCAAUUCCUCCGGCUACUACCACCCCCUGAGUCCUGUUUUUUACCCAGGACCUAAUCCCCCUAGCGGGAAUUUUUUCUAGCAUGUAAAUAAAUUUUUACCAUACUUACUUUAUAAUGAAUCUUACCCUAGCCAAGUAUUACAAAUUUAUAUGAAAAUUAAAUCCUGUUGAACUUGAUGUUUGUGAUAGGAUGUCCCUAAGAUGAAGACUCCCUAUGUGUGAGUGUGAGAGUGUACCAAAAAAAAAACCACAAAAGUAGAAAAAAAAAGAGAGAAAAGACAAUAAAAUUCAUGAAACAUUAAA